CUCUUUCUCUCGCAUUCAUUUUCGUUCUCUCUUCUUCGCCAAUACAAAUCCUCACAUUUUGAGCUACAAAAUUUUCAAGUCAUGAUGGAGCGGAAGAAGUAUCCGAUUGGAGCGGAGCAUUACACGCUCUAUGAAGAGGUCGGUUGUGGCGUCAGCGCCUCGGUUCAUCGUGCUCUGUGUAUUCCUUUCAGUGAGGUUGUUGCUAUCAAGAUUCUUGAUUUCGAACGUAACAAUAGUGAUCUGAGUAAUAUUUCUCGUGAAGCACAGACAAUGGUCUUGGUUGACCAUCCUAAUGUGCUUAAAUCACACUGCUCCUUUGUUAGUGACCAUAAUCUGUGGGUUGUUAUGCCGUUUAUGGCGGGGGGAUCUUGUCUUCACAUGCUGAAGGCUGCAUAUCCUGAUGGAUUUGAGGAAGUGGCUAUAGCAACCAUACUCCGUGAGGUAUUGAAGGGUUUAGAAUAUCUCCAUCAUCAUGGACACAUACACCGAGAUGUCAAAGCUGGGAAUAUUCUCAUGGAUGCACGUGGUGGAGUGAAGCUUGGCGAUUUCGGUGUUUCUGCUUGCCUUUUUGAGUCUGGUGAUAGACAACGCAUGAGGAAUACUAUUGUUGGAACACCUUGCUGGAUGGCACCUGAGGUUAUGGAGCAGUUACACGGUUAUGACUUUAAGGCUGAUAUCUGGUCAUUUGGUAUAACUGCAUUAGAGCUUGCCCAUGGCCAUGCUCCUUUCUCAAAAUAUUCUCCAAUAAAGGUACUGCUUAUGACCUUGCAAAACGCACCUCCUGGCCUUGAUUAUGAAAGAGAUAGGAAGUUCUCUAAGUCUUUUAAGCAGAUGAUUGCUAGUUGCUUGGUGAAAGAUCCUUCAAAAAGGCCUUCUGCAAAGAAGUUAUUAAAGCAUUCCUUUUUCAAACAAGCGAGGUCAAAUGAUUAUAUAGCACGAACGCUUUUGGAGGGGCUGCCUGCUCUUGGUGAUCGUAUUAAGGCAUUGAAGAGAAAGGAAGAAGAUAUGCUUGCACAGAAGAAAAUGCCAGAUGGGCAAAAGGAGGAAAUAUCACAGAAUGAAUAUAAACGAGGGAUUAGUGGUUGGAACUUCAACCUUGAAGAUAUGAAGGCUCAAGCUUCCCUGAUCCAAGAUGAGGACAUGGUAUCUGAUAACAGUCAAGCAGGGAGCUCGAGUUUUUUGUCUAGCCUUGACACCACGCAAGAGAAACAAUUAGAGAGCCAAGUUGCAGAUUUGGCUGACAAUGAUCUGGUGCAGAAUCCUCAUCAGUCAGGUGACUCAACAAUUGUCAUUACCAAAGUUAGAUAUGAUAAAUCCGAUGAUGACUCCAGCAUAGCGAGUCCAUGUUUUGAACAAUAUGCUAUGCCAAAUACCUCACCCCAUCUUGAUGAUUGCAAUCAAAAAAGUUUGCGUGAAAUGCCUUCUUUAGAGAUCAGUGUAAAGAAUCUGGAGAGUACUGCUGUUCCUGCUCUCCAAAUAAAUGGGAGUUCAUCAUUCAACAUCACAGAAAGUAUUGUUUCUCCGGUUAGCAAAGAGAGUGAUAAGUUACAAAAUCAGCUUCAAAACAGUUCAUACUGCAACGGAACAGCAACAUCUCCAGCAGCAGAGGGUUUACAUAAUGAAAUUCCUUCAAAAGGGUCUAAAUCAUCAGCAAACAAUGAUGAACUUGAUGAGAAAGCAAAACCACCAGUUAUUCAGCAAAAGGGACGCUUUAAGGUUACAUCUGAGAAUGUGUACUUGGAAAAGGUGGCACCAUCUCCUACAUUGCAAAAGAGUCACAGUUUGCAGGUGCUUACUCAACAUCCUGCUUUAACUACUUUAUCUACACCAUCAGAUGUUAUGCAACCAAGUCUUUCUGGCAAUUCUCUUUUCCCGCUGUUGAAUUCUGUACUGCAGACAAAUCUUCUUCAAAGGGAGAGUAUUCUUGGUCUAAUGAAGCAAAUCUCAGUUGGAGACUCAACAGCUAAUCGUGCAGUUGAUGGAAGCGGAACAUCAACAAAUAUGGCUUCAGGAGAAAGAUCUUUGCUGGAAGCAUCUCAUGAGAGGGAGAAGGAGUUGCUUCAUGAAAUAACCGAGUUGCAAUGGAGGCUCAUAUGUGCCCAAGAUGAACUUCAAAAAUAUAAAACAGAAAACGCUCAGGUAUAAUACCAUUUCCAACCGGUGCUCAAAUGGACCUAGAUCAAACAAUUAAACAUUAAACAAAACUAAAAAGGAAAGAAAAAGGAACAGUAUACGAAGAUGCAUUAGUAGCACAGUGUUAUUUCUUUGUGUUAUAGGUUUGUAUGAAGUUGUAGGUUUGGUUUAAAUAGAAAUUUCCAACUGGAUGCCGAAUCACCAAAUGACAUCUAAUAUUUGUACAUGAUUUUUAUAUUUGUGUAGUUCAGCAUGUAAGUUUAUAAAUGUAACAACCAAA